ACUUUUCCACACAGGUUGAAUUUUCAAAAACUUUCAAAAGUGAAGAAGGUGAAUUAUCUUCAAGGAGACUUAAAAGUCCAGUCUAUAAUGAUUCAAUGGGUUUUGGAAAGCUCUCGCUCUCUCCCACUCUCUCUCUCCCCCCAUGUCCAGCUGCUGUCUCAGAGGGACGGGUGUGGGACGUUCCAGCGUUCCUCCCUCUCCUCUCUCAGUCCCUCAUGGCUUAAAUCUCGCUGACCCUCUAAUGGCUUAAGCCUCCAGACACUCGAGACUGGCUCGUGUUCUGGAACACCUGGGGUUCUGAACGUCGCAGAUUCUGGAAUACGUUGAAAUCUUAGGACUUUAUGUCUCUGGACGCCGUGAAGAUUGACUUUUUGUGAUGCAGUAUUUAAGUUAGUUUCUUUAUCCGCUUUACAGGCACUUUUGGAAAGUCGAUCGGAUGUCUUGAUCUUCUGGAACAACGCAUAGAAGUCUGGAUUUACUUUUUGAUUAAAGGAAAAUAACUGCUCUUUUUUCACCUUAAACUUGUUUAAAUAUGGGAUUUAUGUUUAAAAUUUGAACUGUAAUAGUUUUCUGAACGAGACAAGAAGUGUUUACAUAGAUAUAUAUUGUAUAUAUAUAUGUCUGGUUGUGUUUUCUGCGAUGCUGGAAGAAGCGAAGGCUCGCGGUCCUCAACAGCGGAGGUCGACGAACAUCGGUCGUCCAGAGGCAUCAACGACCGACAGCAGGACCGCUAACGUGUCUUCAGAUAAAAGCACGGAUCACGUCUUAAACAAAAGCAACGCUGCCGACCCGAGACGCAGCUUUGCAUGGUUUCCGGAGCACGGUCCCUGUAUCCCUGCUUCGAGGCCCCUAACAAGUCCCAUUCUUGGAGGCAUCCCUGGGAGCUCUCUCCUGAUUGGACAGCAGGCUGCCUCCCUGCAGCUAGCUCAGCUGAAAGCCCAGCUAGCACUAACACAGUUAAACAAUGUUGGUUGCCAAGCAGCAAAAUUGACACCUCCCUCACCAACUGCCACCGCAAUCAGUCUCCUUAACCUCCUGAAGAUCGCAAACACCAUGAGUCAUCCCCUGUGCAAUCCCUUUGCCUCUGGGAACCAAAGUUCCAUCCAAGGGCCACAUGGACUCACGGCAGAAAAGGACCUCCCUGGAACGUCUCUCCAUGUUGGGCCUGAGUCCAACUUUAGCUUUUCUGCUGCUUAUUCUGCGUCUCCUGCCAACUCUAGAAUAAUAAUUCCGUCACACUCGACUCAGUCCGUGAAUUAUGGGCCUGAACAUAGCCGACCCGUAAUUGACGCAGAUAUGAGCAGAGCCAGAGAGGAGUUGACUUUUCCUACAGGACAGAACACUCACUAUCCCAUGUCCUCGACCUCAGCCUCGCAAGGUCACACACUCUCUGAUGUUGAAGGUAAAAGAAGCACCUUGGACUGGCUACCAAAAUACAGAGGGUCAACCACUAAAAAUCCUCCUAAAUUGUAUUCACUCAACAGUAGUGGCUUUAGCUUUAAUUCCUCCAUAGAAAGAAAAUGUGAUGUUCAGUCUGUUACAAGAUUGGGUGAUUGUGACAAACCUGCAAAUCUUACUGAAAUAUGUCACCCCAAGUACACCUCUGAAGCAGCCACUAAAAUUCUGUCAGGGUUUGGCCUUGAAAAAGAGGACUUGGAACUUCUCAGCUUAUACCCCGAAGACCAGCUGACCCCCACCAACCUGCCAUUAAUUUUGCGCCAAAUCCGCAUUCAGAAGAGAAAGAGGUCUACGGCUACAGCUGAGUCAAAACUUGACUCUGAACCCCAACCCAUCAGAAGUGUGAGAGGAAUGGAAAGGUUGAGUGGUUCUCAAGGUUCUUCAGCUGUUCUCCAGCCCCAUAAAGUGAUUGAUUAUGGACACACUGGCAAAUACUUUGGUGGGGUUGUGGAUGACUCUGAAUGUACCAGUAGUGUCAGUGCUAAAAGAGAUGGGAGUAUGUUGUUGGACUCCUACGAGCAGCAUACCAGCAGUGCCAGUCGAGAACUACUUAAAAACAGUGUAUCACAGGGGAAAGUCGGUGCCUUUGGUUCCUUAUAUGGCCAAAGUAGUUCAGUUACCAGCUCUUCAUACAGUUCCGCGCUAAGAUCUGUUGCACCUUUACGUAAUGACCGAGCAAAGCAAUUGAAGAUCGAAUCAAACCAGACUUUUGAUCCAAUCCUCAGCUCUUUGUCUGUGCCAAAGAAAAACAAAGACGGAACCGUUGCCACACCUGAAGAUACUGUCAUCAACUCUCAGUUCAUUUCAACUCAGAAUUCUGUAGCUCCUUUAAGUAAUGGUCGAGCUAAACAACUGAAGAUCCAGGCAAGCCAGACUUUUGAACCAAUAUUUGACAAAACUGUUGUCCUGCCUGAAGACCCCAAGUCCCUUCCUUUGAAAGUACCGAGAGCAGAUCUCCAGUCAGCAUCGAAAGCCCAAUCGUCCUACACUCUUUUGCACGGUAUGCAUCCUGACCGGCCUGGUCUUGUGCUCAUUAGUAUCAGUGAUGCCAAGAACAUGAAGAAUCAGGAUAAAACUCAAGGUAGAACACAAGAGAACCAGGAGCAGAAAAGGCCUGCAGUGCAAACGGGGAAAGCAUUACGCAUUCCAGUUAUUUCUGAAAGUAAACCUGCGCCUCAACGUUCAGUUGGUGGUUCUCAGUCCACUUCUCCUCACCCUGUGCAGAGAUUGCAAAAGUUGCCGACACCUCAUCUGGCAAAACCUCCAGUUUUCAAGGACCUGCCAACUCCAGCCGUGAUACGUUAUGACACAAAAACUACACCUAAAGUCUUUCCUUACACCUGUUCUCCGUGUCACAUAGAAUGCAGUCACAUGAAGGAUUGGAUCGCCCACCAGAACACUGCCGUUCACCUUGAGAACUGCAGAGACCUCCAAACACUUUCCCCUGGGAAAGAUGCCAAGCCCUCUUCCUCCACGUCAGUGCAGAAUUCCCAAAAACAUCUGAAGAAAUCCAGGCAUGGAAGCAGUUCCCACUCAUCAAGCCCUGAAAGUAGAAAAUUAACCCACAGCUACAGAUACAAUCACAAUUCCUGUACUCGCUCUCCUCGUUAUAACCGCGAUUGUUCACGCUUGAGGAGCCAUGAGAGCCCGAGGAGGAGAAACAAGAGACGGUCCUCGCCGAGGACUAGUGAAGAGAGGCGGUCGUCUCAAAAAAGGAUCCGUGGAAGCCGAUCACCAUCACAAAGGAGAGAUGAGAGACGAUUUUCAAGAAGUCGUGAAAGACAGCCGUCACCGGAGAGGUCAACUAAACGGAAGAGGUCAAGCUCCGUCGAGAAACUGAUGAUGGAUAUACUGGAAAAAUCAGAGUCCAACGCGCAGGAUGUGGUUUCAACUCUACUCACUGAGCUGACCAAAAUCAAAUCGUCUUCACCUUCUCCCUCUGCUGGACGAACAACGCCACACUCUUCAUCAUCCUCAGCAGCAAAAAAGAAGGAGACAACCACAGGAUCGAGAAAGGCCAGUCAACAGGAAUGCAAGGAUACUGAUCAAAAGCUGACUCCUCAGAAGAACUCUGUUGUUUGCCGCGGCUCCAAACCUCAGAUCAAUAAAUCUACAUCCACUACUGCUCGUAAAACAACUAAUCUCCAAACGAACAUAGAACAGGUGGAAGGAAAUUCAGCAAAUAUGUCGUCCAAAUACACAACUUCAGAAAACCCCACAGAUGUAGAGAUUUGUACGUCGGACAAAUCCGACACAAAGGUUCAACAAUCUGUGGUUACGGAAGAAGAAACAGACGAGGUUGACGAAUCAACAAACAAAGUUAUCCCUAAAGCAAUGGACAAAUCUGAAACGACCUUAUCUUCACAGAAAUUUGUAAUAGUUGAACAUUUGACUUCAGCUGGAGAUACGACAAAACAAAGUGCAGAAGCAAAAUCUAAACUGGAUGCAAAGGUUCAAGAGUCUGUGGUUGAAAAAUCUGAAAACACGAGUGAACCAAGUCAAGUCCCAGAAGGCCAAGUCCCUAAGGUGAAAAUCAAAGGGGAAACAGUCUCAUCUUUGCAGGAACCUGAAAUACAAGCUGAGAAUUUUGUCACGGGAGAAAAUGAGACAAAACAACCAAAUUCUACAGGAAGUCCUCCUGAUCAUUCAAAUGAUUUAGAAUCAAAGGUGCCAAAUGUCGUAGAAACAAAAGAAAAAAUUGAAGGAAAACUGGAAAAACCUACAAUUUCAGCAUCCAAAUCCUCAACACCAGAAAAUCGCCCUGCUGUAGAGACGUCUAAGACCAAAGAAGUGGACACACAUGGCCCAGUCAAGGUCGAUGAGUCCAGAAACAUGACUGAGGAACAAAAUAAACUCUCAAACUUUGAAAUCUCUUCUUCACAAAAACCCAGAUUACUUGAGGAGAAUUUGGCUUCAGCAGAAGAAAAGACAACAGGAAACCUUGAAGAAAACACUGCAAAACCCAAAGAUGUGCUAUCCAAAUCCACAGUUCCAGACAAAGAGACUUCCAAGUCAGAAGAAUCAGAUACAAAGGUUGUGGUGGUAACGGAAGACAGAGACAAUGUCGACAAACUACUACUCUUUGAGGCCCAGACCACAACAGACAAACAUAUUAAUGAGGAAACUGCUGUAAAAGACGUGAAGACUGUAACUGACACAGGAGUCUCGACUGAAGAGAUCGACAAAACUGCCAAAACUGCGGGAGAUAAACAUGACGGACUAGCACAUGUUCCAGUAACUGAAGCAAAGGACAACAUGGAAGCAAACUCUUCUUCACCGGAACCCAAAAAAACAGCGGAGAAUUUGAUAGUUAAAGAAGUGCAAGAAAAAACUGUGAAACCCAAAAGUCUGUCGUCAAUGUCCGAACUUAAAGAAAACCCAGACGUGGCUACAAAUGUUCAACAGUUUGUGCUGAUACGAGAAGAUAAGGGAAAAGUCACUGCAUCUGAAAAACUGACUGAACCAAAUGAAGUCACAGAAGAUGCAGAGACUUUGGACGCAAAGGUUCAACGGUCAGCUGUGGUGCCAAAAACUUCAGGAAAUGUGGUUGUUCCUGAACUUGAUUGUGGAGCAGAAUCAGCCAAAGUCGAUGCUGAGACAAAGGGGACAAAGGACGCAGCACCGCUGGAGGUUGGAGAGACAGGAGCUGACGUGGAAGAACCAAUGGAAGACGAGGGUUGUGAUGAGACCAGACCAGAUUUGUCUGCACCUGAACCUUCUACUGUUCCACCUCAGAACACAGAAGCAGAACCUCCUGCAGACACUCAAACUCAGAAUCCACAGACUGACAUUAAAACUCCAGAAACCUCCGUUAAAGCUUCAUCACAAGACCUACAACCAGAGUACACUGCACUAGGACCGGAGACCAAGAUGGAGGCUUCACAGCGUUCAAGCAGUACUGAAGAUUCCAGUUCUAAACUGUCUCUCAACUUAAGUUUGAAGGUCUUACAGGAGAAUCUUCAAAACCAUUAUGAGGUCACCACAAGCCUUGAUCUAAACUGUGUCACUGUUGAUGCAAAUUCUUCAACAAAACUUCCACAUUCGGAUCUUUCUGAAAUUCCAUCUGGUGUGCAGACCACUUUCCCUGUUGCUGCUGCACCAGAAACACACAAAACAGAAUCCAAUGCAAGACCUGCAGGUGACGUGCUGGAGAUGGAGGACAGUCAGAAACUAGUAGCGGAGAAUAUUGUUGACUCAAACUCCAUACUCUCAUCCACUUCAGAACUUCUCCAUAUAGACAAGGAUGCAUUCAUGGCCAUUAAAGCAGCAGUUUGCCAGUACAGAUUUGCCAAACAAAGCAGGGCCCAGACUGACUCCACUGCAGGAGAUUCUAAUAAAGACCAAGAGUCUGGAGAGGUCACUGAGAAGAUGGAUGAAAAACCAGUUGCGUCCACCUCACAAAGGUCUGUUAGGAGAAGGAGCAUGAGAGGAAAAAGAGAUGAUCUCCCUAAAGAACUUGAGUACGAGAAGACAUCGUACAAAAUCCUUGACUCUGUGGAGGAUGAGACUGUUGUGAAAGAACCUACUGUUACGACAAGAUUUGACAGAGGAAGGAGGGAAAGAACGAGCAGGAGAGAUGUUUCAACUGACAAAACGAAAAAAGAGGACACGUUUACGAGGAGGAGGCGCGCAUCUGCCCGAGAAACACCAAAGAAAGAGGAAGAACCUCCAAAACUAGGCACACCAACAAAGAUAGCCUAUGAAAUUUUGGACACUGUGGAGGAAGACAAUCAAGUUCUGGAAGAGAUGAUGACCACAGAGGUGUCCACCAGAGGGACGAAGGAAGCAAACGUAGCAAACCAUAAAGACCGAGAGUCUAAUAGUGAGAACACUGCAGUAAUGCAGGAGGAGCUCAUCACUCUGAAUGAAAUCAUAGAAGAAGACGAGGCAAAGGUGGAGAAAAGCACGCAAGAGGUCCACAUACCCGGCGAAGAGGACAGAUCAGGGACGUCCUCAACCCUUGAGAGUACGACAGUAGAAGCUGAGGAAACCUCAACAUCUGAUGGACACAAAGAUCACAAUGGCACAGUUGUGGCCAAAGGGUCAAAGAUGGAGUUUGACGGACCUGAGGUGAAAAGAUCUCGCCAGGUUCCUCGUGUUGCUGCCAACUUCAAAAUGCCGCCAUUUAAUCCCUCCAGUGUCUUUGGUCCAGAGUUUGUGGUUCCCAAAUCCGGAUUCUUCUGUAACAUUUGUCGUCUGUUUUUCCUGAAGGACGUCGCGGCCAAGAGUCACUGCGGCAGCCAGCAGCACUACUACAAACUGCAGAAAUACUAUGAGGAGCUUCAACGCAAGCUAGCGAGACGUCAAACACCAAAGUGUCCAGGCUCCAGUUCUGGUUAAUCCAGAUUUCUCUCAUGGAUCGCUAAAAAUAUGAGGAGAUUAUGUUGAAGAUGAAUACAUUUUAAAUAAUAUUUUAGCCUGGAUUAUUCCAGUGGGAUUAUUAUCUCCUGACACAAGUUAUUUUGAGAUUUUCAAGCUUCAGUUGGUUGUAAAACAAUCAUCUGUGUCUUGGUUAAAACUUAUCUGUUUUCAUAUGUAUUUACAUGUAUGUUAUUUCAAGUUUUUUGAUUUUUUUAUUAUUAAGAAUAUUGCAACACUUUCAACAUCAGAAAGUUAAGUGUUAGAAAUGCUGACUCAUCGUUCCCAAAUACAGUUAUUAUUAUCUUUAUUAUUAUUGAAAUGUUUCUGUCCAGUCACAGUUUAGAUGCGGUUUUCUCAAAGAUGGGGCCAAUAUUUUCCACUUUAUUGUGUUUUAAAGUUUGACUUUGUUCUCGUUGUUUGAAUGCAGUUAUAAAUAAUCAUUAAAAAAAACUGUUAACCAA